UUGCGCAUGCGCACACUCCGACUGGUUUGGAGCAGCUUAGAGAUCGUAACGCGCUGGAAAACGUUCAAUACCUGGAUCAUCCAGGGUCCAGCUGUUCUUGAGCUACGGACGUAGGUCGCUUCGUGGGCUGACCUUCACUUGUUAAACAGCAUGGAGGGGGCCGUAGUUAGCAACCUUAUAGACUUUGACUCGCCUCCAGAAGGUACAGCGCCCUCUGGUGUAGGUUCUCACAGCGGGACCGACUUCUUCUCAGCGGAUCCUCUCGUACCUGCGUGUGCCGCCACCAUUGAGCCCCUGUUACCGGAGCCCAUGGCCCCCACACACAGCACACAAAGAGGAGAAGGAGAUGAAGGAAAUGACACUGAUGCCACCGAGUCUGCAGACAGCGAGAACGAGGAUAUGGAAUCCCCGUCACACCCGUCAAGCACGCGGCGUUCAUCGUCAUGCUCCAGUCACAGUGCAGAAGAUCCAGAAGAGACAGAAAUACGGGCUUUCAUGAAAAGCUACGUGGAGAGAUUAUUCCACGGAAGAGAGGACUUUGAUCAGGAGGAGAAGGCGAAUUUCGGAAAGCUAUGUUCUGGAGAGAACGGGAAAGGAAGGGAGUGGUUCGCCAAAUAUGUCAGCGCGCAGCGCUGCCACUCCAAAUGUGUGACUGAACAGACGUUCUACAGGCUCGUGCAGUCCUUUGCUGUUGUUUUGUUUGAAUGUUACCAGAUGGACGAUUAUAGCCCUGCCAAACAUCUCAUGACCAUGUGCUUCACAUAUUACUACAUGGGUAAGUCACAGCUGUCUCCCUCCGAGCUGCUAGAGAGGCCCAGCGGGGGGAUCGACUCGUACCUGCGCAGUGGAAAGGUCUGGCUCUCUGGGAAGAAGGACAUCGCAGAGCGAUUGCUCAAAAACACUUCUACCAAGACGGACGUUAAGGGAUUCUUCGGGGGUCUGGAGAGCAAACUGAGAGCACCAUUGGGUCGUAAGAAUGAAGACACAGAACAAGCAGCAGAACAGAAAUCCAGAACUCCAGUUUUUCCACCUGUCUCCCCAGACAAAAAAGAGGAAGAAAAGAUUUACCUGUACACACACCUGAAACAGCAGCCCAUAUGGCACACUUUGAGGUUUUGGAACGCUGGGUUUUUUGACGCUGUCCAUUGCGAGAGAAAUAAAAGAUCCCCCACCACCAGGCGGACGGCUGAGGAAGAGAAAGAUGAAAGAGAAAAGUGGUGUCACAUGACCCAAGAAGAAAAAGAUGACAGCUCCAGAUUUAAUGAGAACAUCACCUUCGGUCAGCUGGGAACAUUCACUCAUAAUAUGGUUGCUUUUGGCCUAAGCAAAAAACUCUGCAAUGACUUUUUGAAGAAGCAAGCGGUCAUUGGAAAUCUAGAUGAAGAGCAAUACAAGCUGUUGUGCGACCACAUCGAGCAGAUGGCUGCUGAAUAAACGCCUAAGGCAGAAAUCAUCAAAACUCAACCGUCCACAUCAUUUCAACUCUCUAAUGAUCAGUAUUCUUCAAACGCAAACGUAGUUUUACCUCAAACUACCCACUACAGCUGCAAUGUGACAACAGCUCAUUUUGUCCAAACAAACUACAAUAAUAUGCACAUAUACUGGAAUAGCAAUAUAUCUUAUCAUGACAUCAUUACAAUUAUUAGGCGUCAUUUCAACUCGGUAUCUCAUUUUUUCACAGACGAUAUCCAGAUUUAUUCUGUGCUUUGAAUAUAAUGUUAUGAGUUUGUGAUAUAAAUGCCAUCCCGUGUGCUGAACAGAUUCUGUCAUCAUUUACUCACCUUCGAGUUGUAACAAAUCUGUAUACAUUUCUUCGUUCUGAUGAAAACGAGAAAGAUAUUUGGAAGAAUGCUUAUAACCAAACAGAUCUGGCCUCCCAUUGACUCCCAUAGUAGGAAAAAAUACUUCUGUUGAACACAAAAGAAGACAUUUUGAAGAAUGUAGGACGGCAAACAGUUCUGGGGCAUUUUUGACAACCAUUGUAUUUUAUUCUUCUAUGGUAGUCAAUGGGGGGCAAAAUCUAUCUGGUUCUUCCAAAUAUCUUUCUCUGUGUUCAUCAGAACAAAUAAAUGUAUUCAGAUUUGGAACAACUCGAAGGGUGAGUAAAUGAUGAGAGAAUUUUAAUUUUUGGGGGAAGUAUCACGUUAAGCAAGUUCAUCUUGACUCUUAUUGAACAAAAUAAACCACAGUCUGAUAAUCUUGUAACAGUUUACUGUCACAUUUUCACCUUUAGGCUAUAAUUAGGUUAUAAUUAACUGUCAAUAACAUACAGCUCAGAUUACAGAGCGCUCCCUAGCCUACAGGUGAUAAAGUGACAGUAUACAAUCUAACAUUACCCAGAAUCCACAGCUGCAGGUCCCCUUUUCUUUAACCCUCCCUCUAUAUUUCAAUGUCAGCUAACUUGUAUGUUUUAUACUGCCUUGUUCCGGUUUUAUCAUAUACAUGUUACUUUUUUGCUCAAAGGAAUUUGAUAAUUUGCUCUUCGUAGGUGUCACACGUAGGUGUUUGGUGUGUUUCCCUCUCUGGAUAAAUUGAGUAUUAGUAGUGUUUGCAACAUCCUCAUACAUGCACACCGGAUCAAUAUCUAUUCUCCCCUGUUUAAAGUGCCUUUUUAUUAAUCUGUGAUAUUUGAUAGUCCAUUUUAGUUUAAGCAAACUCGUGUCAGCAUGCUGUUCUUUCUGCAAACCAAGUAGUAUUAAGGCUAACAGUACAGUACAUGUGUAUGUGCACUCUGUCAGUUGAUGUGUUUGUGUAUUUAUAAUGCUUGCAGUUAAGGUAAAGUAUCAUGCUUUAGCAGCAAUGUGGCUCUUUAGAACAGAGCUAGUCUGUCUUUUGUCUUUAGUGCAUUGUGCAAUUACAUUUCCAGCCAAUAGAUGGCGAAUGUCAACCACUGAGUGAGGCAUUCAAGAUCUUGUUUUGAAUCCUCCAGGUGAGGAAAACACAAUUUAUUUAUUUGGUUUGUAAAUAAAGAUUGUUUUGAAUAAUGAUGCUAAAUAUAAGAAAGGUUUAAACGGAUUGUCAAAUGGGAAGGCAUUUAUUUAUUGGAUCUCUGUAUUUGUAUGAGUGCAUGGUCAUAUUGGAAACCAGCUGGAUCUAGAUUGAUUUGGUCUGGUAUUUGCAUUUCAGAUGUUGUUAUUGUGGUGCUGUCUGUGUAAGUGAAUGUUAACUGUAAGCCAAACGGUUGGCAUAUUUUUCCCAAGUGCCCUACAAUUCCUAUUAGAUCGUUCCUGAAAAACCAAUGAGAGCGUGUGGUCCUGCCUUUAAGGUUUAAAGUGUUUACAAUAAAAAACUGAAAUGUAUCCAAUGUU